AUGCCACCGCAGAAGUCACUCCUCUACCGUCCACUUGCCCGCCCAUCAGCAGGAUAUAUGCACCGCUCCAAAUCGGCGAUGCCGUCCCCUACAUGCUCGCUCGCCUCCUCGUACGGCGGGCCCCCCUUGACGCGAAUCGGUCGUCACGAGAGUGAGGAGCACGGUGACCAAGAUCCUCUGACCAUCACCUUCUUCCCCCCAUCUCCUUCGGACUCCCUCGCCUCCGUCAAUACCUACGAUUCCCUCCUCUCGGAUGAGGCACCCGACGAGCUGGAUGUCUCGGAGAAGCCCACCCUUCCUCUGCCACCCUGUCGUCCCUUCACCUCGAGCGAUGCAUCCCUCCGGCCGUCGGAUCCCUACCUUUUCUCCCGACUCUUCCCUUCGAUGAAUCGCCUCUCCAUCCGGCACGACGGCGCCACGCCCGAUGGCAACAUGAACCUCCGUGUCGACAUCAUGAUCGGUCCCGAGUCUCCUGUCCCACGUCUGCGCAGCAACAUCGUCCAACUAUUCCACCUGCGUAUGCACGACCUCGAACGCCGCGAGUUUUCCUUGCGGCGCUACUGCCGCGACUCCGGCCGCGAGGUGUGCUUCUCGAAACGCGGCUACACAGUACCCUCUGGCCCCUCAUCGGCCGUCUCGGCUGCCCUGCGCUCGGUGAAGACGCCCUUUCGCAAGUCGACCGCCGCAUCAUCGAGCACGCUCUCGUCGUCGUCGUCCUGCUCGGGCUCCUCGUCCGCCUUCUUCCGCCGUCUGCCGACUACCAACGACGCCGCCACUGCAGCGACCGCAAACUCGUCCGCCGCCGCCGCACAAUCGCUGCCCGCCUCAAACCCGCCUCUCGUGCCCACGGACACCAUCAAGCUCGAGUUCAGCAACUACGCCCAUGUCGACGUCCGUCGCCUCAAGGCCAGCUACGCGUUCUCCUGGUGGGGGCACCGUUAUGUCUGGAGUCGCACCCUCGAUCAAAACCUCGGCACCACCUCCUUCCACCUCUUUCGAGACGGUCGCCGUGCCGCCCCCAUAGCCCACAUAGUCCCCGAGGUUCGCUGCCCGAUCCAGAUAGCCGCCGAGCAGCGCGCUGGCGGCUGGAUUCCCCCUUGCUACAUGUGGAUCAGCGAUCCGGUCGUGGUUGAGGCUGUCACGGACGUCGCCGAGUACGUUGCCGCUUCUCCUCGCACCAUCAUCGUCGUCGCUACAGGCCUCAUGGCUCUCGUCGACCACUCCAUCCGUGAGCACUGGCUCGCGAACAAGCCGAGGCGCCCGCGGACGAGUUUGCCCCACUUCGGCGUCGGUCCGCCCGAUGCCGACCCCACCAACCGGCCUGCCGCUGGCGGCAUUCGCCGCCUUUUCUCUCCGAGACCAUCGACGCAGCACUCGCACAGCCCGCUGCGUCUGGGACGCAGGAUAACUGUCUAUUGA